UGAGACCGGAAGCGGAAGUAGUCAGUCGCACACACGGACACACGCUAGGAGUAAUCGGCGCCAACAUGAGUCUGCUAAACAAGCCCAAGAGUGAGAUGACCCCUGAGGAGCUUCAGAAGCGUGAGGAGGAGGAGUUUAACACAGGGCCACUUUCCGUACUGACACAGUCUGUGAAGAACAACACACAAGUCUUGAUCAACUGCUGCAAUAACAAGAAGCUUCUGGGGAGGGUCAAGGCCUUUGACAGACACUGUAACAUGGUGCUGGAGAAUGUGAAGGAGAUGUGGACAGAAGUGCCCAAGAGUGGGAAGGGAAAGAAGAAAUCUAAACCAGUCAAUAAGGAUCGUUACAUCUCCAAGAUGUUCCUACGUGGUGACAGCGUCAUUGUUGUGCUGAGGAACCCUCUACUGGCAGUGAAGUGAUGUCGCCUUGUUUCGCUCUGCCCUGUACAUGAUCCUCCCCCUAGCUCUAACCCUGCUCUCCCUCUACCCUAGACACAAACUGUUCUCCUCCCCGAUCAGUGUGACCACAGCAG